GGUCUCGAGUGCUGGGAGGCGGGGCGGCUCGCCUGGUCCCAAGGAAGCUCCACAGCCGGCACCUGCUGCAACGCUGGGUGGGGGCCAACGGGCCGGAACCGUCACUGGCCCCCGCAGGCUGCAUGGCGAUUUCUACAGCAUCUACAGAUCCCAAUCAAACUGGAGACCCAGUGUGCUGGAGUCUGUACUAACAGGUGUAACAAGAGCCACAGCAGAAUGGAUAGCCAUCCUAGUCACUCCAAGGAUACCAAUGGAAAAUAUAGGUCAGAAGACCAGUCUGUAGUCAGCAGAAUGCAGAAGAAAUACUGGAAGACAAAGCAAGUCCUAAUCAAAGUUACAGGAAAGAAAGAAGACGAGCAUGUGGUUGCAUCUGAUGCAGAGCUGGAUGCCAAACUAGAGGUUUUUCACUCCAUUCAGGCAAGUUGUAUAGAUCUUCUAAAGACUAUUGAGAAAUACCAGCAGAGACUCAAUGUUAUGUCUGAGGAGGAAAAUGAGCUAGGGCUCCUUUUAAAGGUUCAAGGAGAGCAAGAUGCUACUAAAGCUGGCAAAAUGAUGGAAGCCACUGGAAAGAUCCUCUGUUCUUCUGCUCAACAAAGGGUAGCCCUUUGUACCCCCUUGUCUCGCCUUGGGCAGGAACUGGCAACAUUCAGUCACAGGGCUGUGUCUGAUACCUUGUUAACAAUUGAUCAUAUGGAGCAGGCCCGCAUAGAAUACAGAGGGGCCCUACUGUGGAUGAAGGAUGUGUCCCAAGAACUGGAUCCUGACACCUGCAAGCAAAUGGAGAAAUUCAGAAAAGUGCAGACGCAAGUGAAAAAUACCAAAGCCCAGUUUGACAAGUUGAAAAUGGAUGUCUGUCAGAAGGUGGAUCUACUUGGAGCUAGUCGCUGCAAUAUGUUGUCGCAUUCCCUUGCUAUCUAUCAGAUAACCCUUUUGCACUUCUGCAAGAAGACAGCAGGACUGAUGUCCAAGAUCCAUGAGGAGUUCAUAGGUGUCCACCCAUAUCACUCUGUUGCACUUGAGCAACCACAGGAGCCUUCCCUAAACAAUCCCACUGAAGAACAUAAAGAGAAGAUAGAGAAAGACACCAUCAGUACAAACCUUGAUAAGUUAAUUUUGUUGGAUGAGGAAACUUCUAUCCAUUUGGAAAGUGAAGCAGUUUCCAGCAAUCUGCUGGUAGAUUCUUUGGAAGGAGAAGAUUUUGAGAAAGAGCUGUCAUUCCUGGAUAACAUACUGAGUCCCUGUUCAAGUGCUGGAGAGAUCGUCCAGGAAAGUCAAAACGUGCUUGGGAGUCCUCAUACCAGUCUCCUUUCACAGAAUCCUGCUACAGAGUCAGAACCUCUGCCUAGUUCAUCUGGAUUCCUACCUUCACAGGUCCUUGACCUUGGCCUUCAUGCUGCUGGAAGCUUCAGUAGCUGGACAUCUGUGUGGUCUCUUACGUACUCACUGACUGGUAACCAGUCAUUCCCUUCACACAGCACUCCAAAGAUACCACCACCGUCUAUGGAGAGCAGUAAUCAAGAUAUGUCAGCCUGGUUCAGUCUGUUUGCAGACUUGGAUCCUCUUUCAAAUCCAGAUGCCAUUGGGCGCUCAGAUGAUGAACUCCUCAAUGCUUGACUACAGUUAUCCAAUGGACAAGCUCUUAUUAUGUCUCACUACAGUGGCCUUAAAUAUAGAACCUUUUUUUUUUCCUCUUGCUUUUCUAGAGAGGAUUUCAGAUUGUAGUCCAGACACACAACAUGGAAACUGUAAUCAUAAUGUCAGACAGUAAAGUCCCAAACUAUAGAAAAAGCAUUAAGGGUGCUGUUGAGAGCAUUAGAGAAAAGUCACUUUAUCUUUGAUGCCUUGAUUUUAUGGCUAUUUUCAAUGUUAUAUGAAAAUAUGGCGAGCUGUUCAGGAUCAACACUGAAAAGGUUCAGUUUCAUCAAGACAAAAUUACAAGACAAGCAAAGUUGUAUCAAACUAGUUACUUUCCUGCAUGUCCCUUUCCCCCCAAAAAGAGUUACCUUACGUCAAUGUGAAGAUGUUAAUUUCCAGAAAAUACUUCAGGACAGAGAGUACCUUGGCUCUUUCACAGGACCCUCAUUAACCUUCAGGACAAUUGCACAUCUUGGGCCAGACCCUCUAAUCUGGCCAAUUUGUGCAUGAGGCAGGACUAAUGGGGAGGGAACAGAGGUAGUUUUACAUUGUCUUUGACUUCCUGAUCCUGGGGGAAGGCCUGGACAUGUUUGGCUCCCAGCACAACUUUGAACAGCUUCAAGGCUAUUCUAAACUGCCUGUGGUUCCAAGGGCCAGAGCACAGGAGUACUCCAGUCACAUCCACUUUUUACAGGCUAUUCCCUCUCUGCUAGGCUGGGAAAGGCAUAGAGCCCGUACACUAGCUGUGAGAGAGCUGGGGGGGAUCCCUAGGUACCUGGUUAAACUGCCUUUACGGACACUUUGCAGUGACAGAGCAGCACAGAAGGGCUGUAUCAUGGGCAGGACACAGCCUAUUCAUUCAAUUAGCCUUAGACAAGAAGGCACAGGCCAAAUUCUGCCUUUGUUUGCAACUACAGGUACUUUAGAGGGGCUGCAGAGGUGGUAAUCACGACUGAAGUUGGCUCACAGUAAAUGCCAUUAGAGUAGCAGUUAUUCUAACAAGGAGUCAUUUUAUUCAUCAGUUACAGAAGCUAUAAAACUAUAAACCAGAUAGAGCAGCAGCAGAAUUACCCAGCUACUUCUCUGUAGAAAUAGAAUUUUUCUUUUCAUUGUAUUGUUAAAUAGAUUAAGUAUUUUGUUCAAAAGGGAACAAGUAGAGCUCACCUGUACAUUUUGAUCCUUUGGGGAGUGGGAGUGAUUUAACAUCUCAUUACAUGAGCACUUGCAGCAUGUUGGACAACUCACUCCCCCACAUAUACGGUAACUUUUUCUAAUGUUUUUAUUUUGAAUUAUAAGUUAAAUCUUGUUGGGCAAGUUUGUAUCUUUUUACCUUCAUGCUGUUUGCAUGCUCUUCAGGUUGCUGUUUACUGUGAUUCAACAAGUUUCUUAAAGAGGAAUGUUAAUGGACUGGCAGAAUUCUGGUAUGAUGUAAAUCUUGUUGUAAUUAGGUGAGUGGAUGAUAUGCAAUUCAGGUGCAUGAGUGUACCUGCCCCCAUCCCAGUUUGGUGGUGGUAGGUCAUAACUAAAGCCAGGCACCUGGUGUGGGGUCAGAUUAUCCCCAGUCAGAUGAGGAUAAUUAAGACAUAACACUCAAGUCCCCCGAGACACUCUGCAAGCCACAAUGGAGACCAUAGUUUUCUUCUCACUGCAAGACAAGGGAUUCCUGGUACCUGUGUGACUGACACCCCCCAAAUUCUAGCAAAUCAUGCUACUCUCAGCUCUGGAUCACAAAGACACAGCAAUGAGGUUGCUGCGGGGGAUAGAAGAAACCUCUCUACAAGCCCAUUUAGACACUCACUGCUGCAGCAUGGAAAUCUACACUGUAUUGCUAAACAGAAAUGUCAUUCGGACAUA